AUGCCCACAAUUGAUGAUGAUCUGAUCAAUCUUAAUCAUAAUUUCAAUUACACCGAUAGUCAUCAUGAUACUAAUCAAGGAUCUCUACUUGAAAAAAUUCUACAGGCCGAUCAGCAACAUCAAGCGAAAGUGUUACGCCAUCUUCAUCAUAUUCUGGAUGGGAAAAUAUACUACAUCAAAGCAGCUGGUGUAUCUUAUCGGCAACGUUUACGUGAAGAUCAAUGUGUUGUCGAAUAUGAUGGUAAAUAUCUGAAUGAAAACAGCGUCAUCCAACUGCGAAAGAAACUCUAUCGCGUAGAAAACUGUUUGCUAGAACGAGUUUUCCAUGCAUGUGGUCCGAAUUUAUUGUUAAUGUUAAAUGUGGUCUGUCGAGUUGUUGAACAACAUCAAAUAACAACCCCAAUGCCAGCGGUCCAUCGCCAAACAACUUCAACAUCGAAAGAUUUUCUUCAUCGAAUAUCUCCGCGAGCCAGUAAAACACCUCGAGUGAUUACUGAAUCUUGUUGUGAAAAUCUUUGUACUAUCUCUGAGCUGACACGAUACUGUCAUCGAUAA